AUGCUGUCGGUCCAUCGCAUCAAAGAGCUGAUAUCAAAAGGAGACAUUCAGCUGGACGCACCCUAUCAGAGAGAAAUCAUCUGGGAAAGCGGCAAGAUGAGCGAAUUGAUCGAUUCCAUCAUCAAUAACUACUAUAUACCUCCAUUGCUCUUUGCUGUGCGUCGAAUCAGAGGUCAAGAGGUCCGCAUUGUCAUUGAUGGUAAACAGAGACUGACUUCGGCAAGAAGAUUUCUCAAGAACCUUCUCCCGUACGUCGACAACUCAUCGGGAAGUCCGGUUGAAAAGUACUACAUUGAACGCUUGGAUCAAGACGCUGACGAUGAAUAUGAGCAGAUCUUGAGGCAAAAACACAAGACUCCACAACAUUUUAUUACAAAAGAAGAGUUUGACAUCUUCAACCGCUUCGAAUUUGUGUGUGUGGAGUACUUGGACAUUACUGAAGACGAUGAGUUUGAAAUCUUCUCCCGUGUACAAUUGGGUGUCGCCAUCACAUCAGCAGAAAAGUUGAAAGCUACAAAUUCCAAAGUUGCAGAAAAGUGUCGACAAUUGGCAGAUGAAUACCAAGCAAUUUCGACGGUAUUACAACGCAAAGGACACGCUGCACUAUUCCAAUUGAUCGCUCAUCUCAUGCUCACCAUCAAGAAAGGCACGGAAGUGUUUGCUAGUGGAAGAGCGCUUCAAGAAUUUGUACACAGUGACGAAGUGCCGUCUGCUGAUCUGCAGGAAAAAGUGGACAUUGUACUCGAUGUGAUUAAGAGUAUUGCAACUGACAAGGAACUGAAAGCUGUCAUGGUCAAUCCCAACAUGACUGUGAGUAGCAAGAACUCGGUCAAGGCAAUAGAGUUCAUUCUGUUUGGUACUUUUAUUUCCCUAGUAGAGAGACGCAGAAGCAUUAAAAGCUACGCACGAGACUUUGAAGCAUUAAGACAACAUUUGCUAGAAACAAGAGAAGGCAAAGCUUAUUUGGGCAAAGAGGCGUUUUUAGACGCCAUGGUCUGGGUCAAUGAAAGGCUGGAAAAGGAAAACUUGGUGUCAGCUCAUGUCGCGGUGCACACGAUUCCAGAUGACGAUAACGAAGAUUUCGAUGAGUUGAAGGAAGAAGAUACUGCUAUUAUACCCAAUUCACAUAUUAUCGAUUACAACCAAACGCCCACUCCGCAGGUGUUAAAACCUCCAACUAAGAGAAGAAGGGGUAAUGGAUUGGUGGCAGUCGCUAAACGUGGAGGAAAAUUGCCCACAGGCAUCACAAGGCAAAGAGCUUUAUAA